AAGAAGGAAGUAGACGUCCACUUUCAGCGGCGAGGGCGCGCGUUUCUGGACGCGCCCAAACACAUCAACUUCAUCGUCAUCAUCAUCAUCAUCAUCAUCAUCGCGCGAGCCAUUGGAUUCUAACAAGGCCACGUAGCGUUGUUGUUCAGCGUUCGGGAACGUCGCGCCUUGUUCUGACCUGGCCACAGGAGAAAUAAGGAUCAUCGCCAGCAUCAAGCUACCUCAUAUUCAAUGAGGCGGCGACGGGUGGAGGAGUCGCAUUCCAAGACCGUCAGCUACCAAUACCCGGACUUGGAUGCCGCAGCAACUGCCAUACAGGCGGCAUAUCGGGGACACCUAGCGCGAAAGAAAAUCACUACGCUGAAGAGGCAGCCACGGCAGCAGCAGCAGGGAACCCACACAAGCCGCGUGGUUGGCGGCGUCACCGGCAAUCUCACCGGCGUCAACACCGCGACCUUCCCGCCUUGCCCUCGCGGCACCAGGCAGCAGAUUGUGGCUGCCCGGGCGACCGCACACGGCAACCGGCGUGGAGCCAGUGGCUUCAGGCGCCAGCAAGCACACAAGCCUCCACCUAGCUCUAGUAGCAGUAGCGAACGCCAUUUGGCACAAAUGAAAAGCUCGAGCCAGCGUCGCACAAGCAACAGGGCUCGUAGGCAUCGUUACCGACCACCAGCAAUGCCGCCUCUCAGAACGGCGGUGUACGGGGAAGCUGCAGCCAACCAGCUACGUGUGGAUGCCUCAGAUAGCGACGGCGAGAACGUUCGACGCUUUGGAAGCGACAUUCUAAUUGAGAUGAAAAACUCGAAUCAGGGUUGCACUCCUACUCCAGUGGGCGACGGCAACUUCUGGUACGAGGACGAUAUGGAGCGUGCGGCCCGCGCAAAGCGCUUGACGUCUUCUAGCAGACCAAUUUUUAUUACACCGCGUGUUCAAAACGCCAAGUGUCUGACCAAAAACUACCAGCGAAUUGACGGCACGGGAAGGGACGAAGGCCGGCGCGGCGGCAGGAAUAACGGCUGCCAAGGAACCUGUCCCGAGCCUUGCGCCGCCCGCUACGUCCACGCGACUGAAAAAGUGCCUGAAGAGUGCGAGAAAUGUAAAGCCCAUCAAACUUUACUCUUAGGGCAGCAAACCUCGAAGGAAUGUCUCCUGUCGUGUCAUGAGAAACCUGGAGUUCAUUUCCAUAAUGAGUCCGACCGCCGCUACUACGAGCGGAGAAUGGCGAUGCGCAUUGGGGACGAAGAGUCAUGCGAGGAAUGUUCGUACGAAUCUCACGCCGAAAGAGACUGGCAGCGUAUCCUCGCAGCCAGCAUCAACCUGCCGGACGACCCUGGAAGAACAGAGAGAUGGGUUCUCGCACAUUACCAGUACGCGCCAGAGCCUCUGCGUGCGGAAAGCGCGGCAGAUCCCGUGCUCAUUUUCGGAGAGGCUGUCUCACCACCGAAACAGGAGCCGAAGGUUCCUGGAACCCGCACUCGGCAGGCAAACAAAAACCACGCUAAAAAAAUGCCCCAAAAUAUGAAAAGUGCCGCAGGAGCAUUCGUAGACGACUCCUCCGAAGACAGUUCACCGCCGCUAGAUAGGAAGCAACUCCAGUUCAUGCCGUCUACCGUUUGGCCCAGCCACCGGGGAAUUAUGAGGAGCUACAAAGAAAUCAUCAAGGAAGAACAAACGAAAAGAGCUGUGAAUGUCCCGAUAAAUGCGUCUUCGCGGCACCAGAUUGACCACACUUCUCGCAGAAAAGACGCCUGUUAUAACAAUCCUGGCGGCGAGUACCAAGCAAACGAAGCUCGCUUCGACGAAGUGGUGGGACAUGGUACCAGUGUGAACAAAGGGCACCAGACAAGUACGUAUCCCGAGAAAGUGUGCGGGUGCAAGGAGCAAACGAUGCCAACGGACGCGUCCGACCACAGGCAACAUGCCUGCGGUGGUGCACAUCCCAGGAUCCCAUAUCAAGGCAAGAUGCUUCCCGUAGAAGGUACUUUAACAAAAUCGUCGUCCCAGCUGACAGGAAACCGAGAGAUGGGAUUUCGCCCAGGCCAGUUACUGAUGGAAGGAAGACGCAAUCAAAGUUGUGAGAAAAAAUGGGCUGCCAAAAUUUGUAACGGGAGUGGAGACCGAAGUCCUACCUCAGCGGACCACCAGCUCGCCGCGCCGCUGCGUAGUCGAGCCGCAAUGCGCGCACAAGCCGCGAAGUUCGACAACGCCGCUGGCGAGCAGAAAACUCAGUUCUACUCCUGUGAAAGCCGACUGAGCAAGGACACAAGUGGGUGGCGGGCGGCUGACGCCGAGUCGCACUACUGGAGCCCUGUGACCUCAUUGCUACCACCGCUGCCCCAGAAGAAAGUCCGCGAAAGGCACGAGAUCCUGAAAUCCAUUCGCAGCGACUGGUUUUACACCGACGAUAUGGCCAUUGUUCCGACGCUCCAGAACAUGACAAGCCACAACCUUAUGCUUAUCGGUGGCAUCUCGGCUCAUUUCCCAACCAAUUAUUUGGAUGGCUCUGCAGUUACUAUCUACCACCCGCAGAAGCAGGCCUGGUUCUUCUUCGGCACCAUGCCUGAACCGAGAUGCUACCACACCGCAGUACUCGUCGGCGACGCCAUCAUUGUGGCAGGCGGCCAGCUCGAAGGGAUGGGUCACGUGCGGCCGUAA